UGGCGCGUUCUCCCUUUCCCCAAACUCUUCCCUCUCCAGCAGGAAGCUCGAGCUCACUCCACUCUGCAAAACCCUAAUUUACGGUCCUUCCGGCACCAAUUUCUGGCUCCGCAUUUCCCAUCCCACCCAAUCAGCAGCAUGUGCUUCCGCCGGUAAUUCACUGAAGGAGUCGGCGUCCGAGGCAAAAGUGUCCGUCGGGGUAAAAUGAUGAACACGAAGCCGUUUCAGGGGACCAAUGUGUUCAUGUCGAGGAACCUCGUCCCGCCAGAGAUAUUCGACAUGCUGCACGACGCACUGAAGCAGAAUGGAGCCCAGGUGUUCCUCUGCUGCGAUCCUUCGCGGAAUGGCCCUCACGAUUAUCACGUCAUCUCUUCUUCCGAUCAUGAGAAGUUUGAUGAUCUUAGAGCUAAAGGGUGUCAACUAGUCGGUCCACAAUGUGUAGUUUACUGUGCAAAAGAACGGAGACCUCUACCUGAGCAAGGCUAUACUUGUUGCCUUGCAAUGGAUGGUGUGAAAGUACUUGCAUCGGGAUUUGAGAUGGAUGAGAAGGCUGAGAUUGAGAAGUUGGUAACUUCAAUGGCUGGGAUUUUACAAACUAAAGCUUCUCCAGAUGUUAGUUUUGUUGUUGUGAAGAAUGUUUUGGCUGCUAAGUACAAGGUGGAAGAUGUCUGGACAAUGUGGGCAUUAAAUACUCUGAAGAAGCCAAUUGUCUCCAUUAGUUGGCUAUAUCAAUGUCGCAAUGAACAUCGUGUUGUUCCUCAAGACUCUUUCCGGGUUCUUCCAUUUUCUGGAUUGACUAUUUGUGUUACUGGAAUUCUCGCAGAUGAGCGGAAGGAGAUGCAAGAGCAUAUCAUGCAAAAUGGUGGGAAUUACUCUGCUGAACUGACCAAGAAGUGCACUCAUCUAAUUGCAGAGGCUCCUGAAGGAGAUAAAUACAAGGUUGCCAGAAGAUGGGGUCACAUUAAUAUUGUAACCAAGAAAUGGUUUGGGCAAUCAAUUGCAAGGAAAGCAUGCCUUAACGAGGAGUCAUAUCCUGUUCAGGGUGGUUCCACAGUCUCAUCAAGAGCUAUGAGUGGUUGCUCUUCUAGGCAGCCUAGCCAAGAUAAGGGACUUAGAAAUUCACAGUCUGCCUUCUCUUUAGUGGUUGGGGACUCAAACUUGUCAUCUGCUGCAGCUGCUGACAAAGUAGAUCCAGAUCUAGAAGCUACCCUCUCUCAAAACAUGUCGACUAUGUUUUCCAAUCCCCAAGUCUUUGCUAGGGAGGAGGAUAGGAAAAUACCAACUGUGCAGCCCUCUAAUGAAACACAUCAUGAUAGUUGUGUUGCCAAGGACUCUGAAACUGAAGAUGAUGAAAAUGACCUCUACUUGUCAGAAUGUAGGUUGGGUUUUGUUGGUUUUGAGGCUUCUGAAUUGCGUAGACUCAUUAAUAUGGUGCGGAAAGGUGGUGGGUCCCGGUACGCAUUACUGAAUGAAAGACUAACGCACAUUAUAGUUGGUUCCCCUUCAGAGCUAGAGAAAAAGGAGGUCAGAGGUCUUGCAGCUCUUGGUAUCAUUGAUGUGGUUAGACCCAGCUGGCUUGAAGAUUGCAACCGGGAAAAGCAAGAGAUCCCUAUCUUGCAGAAACACAUUGCCUAUGAUUUACUUCUUCCUAAAGGCUCGCAGUUUUCUAACAAAGGACCUGCUGUUGGUACACAUGGCAUAAAUCAUAACAGAAGUACUACUUUUGAUCCAACAAUUCCUCAUAAUCAGCUAUCGUGGAAUGUAGACACUGAAUUUACAAUAUCAAGGGAGAUAAAACAGGAGAAGCCAACCAUCGACAGUGAGAGGGGGGACAAUUUGCAUGAUAAAGCAAAACCGUCGCAGUCAAAGUCGGUGUUUGCUGCAAAAGAUGACCAAAAAGUAAAUGGAAAGAAGUCAUCCCCCGUUUUUAAGGGGAGAAAAUUUUGUUUUUCCAAGGACUUUCCUGAAGAUCGGAGAGCCGAAAUCAUUGAAUGGAUAAAUGAAGGAGAAGGUGAGGUAGUGAAUGAUCCUGUCAUGCACCAUGUGCAUUUCACUAUCGAGUGUCAUGGUAUGAAGCCCAGAUCUUCUUUCAGCCAAAGUACUUAUGUCUCCAGUCAUUGGAUCAAGUCUUGUUUGGAGGAUGGAUGCUUACUGGACAUUGGUAGUCACAUUCUCUAUUCUCCACUUCCUUGUCAAGUUCCAUUUCCUGGGUUUGAAAGUUUUCGCUUCUGUGUUUCUCAAUAUGAGGAGAAAGAUAGAGUGCUACUAAGAAAUUUGUGCUACACCCUUGGAGCAAAGUUUGUGGAGAAGCUGACCAAGAAGGUCACUCAUCUAUUAUGUAAGUUCAGAUCUGGACCAAAGUACGAGGCUGCUUGUAAAUGGGGUAUACAAUCAAUUAGGUCUGACUGGAUAUAUGAGUGUGUCAGGCAGAAUAAAUUGAUUGUUCCAGAGCCAUUUUGCCCGAGAGAAGUUUCUGCCCAAGAAGCUAGAUUCUGCACUAUGACACAAUUUCCUUCGCAGCCCUCCCAGAUUCCAAGUCAAUCUCAAGAGUGGAGAAGUACGUUUGAUCAGAAUACUUGUAAUGGAAACAAGAUAAACAAGGAAGAGAUGAGAGACUCGAGUUCUAAUAAGAAGGCAAGGCUCUCUGAGAAUUAUUCCUUGAAUGGCCCUUGCUUGACAGGAGCACAAGUAAGUUCUAUAAGUGGUAUUGAGGCAAGCGGAGGGAAAAAGUUGAAAGAUAAUGGGGAUGCCUCUGAAGUUCUUCCUGAUGUUGCUGCAGCAAUUGAGGAUUUGCUGGAGCAGACCAGUAAGAUUCACGAUAAGGAAUCACCAGAGAGGCCUUCCUGCACUCGAAGUCUUUUUCCUUCGAACUGUUCAUCAAGUUUUGCUCAGGAACGCCCAGAGUCACACAUGGUAGUUGGAUUAUCCAAACAUUGGAUCAGCAGGACUCAAAAGAACGAUGACAAUGGAAGUCCUUGCGGAGAUGGAAGUGCUAGUGUCUUAGAUCGCUUCAGUGAAACACAAACAGAAUCUCAGGUUGUCUUUUAUGAAGAAGAUCUGUCCGGGCGGCAGCUGAUCAUAGAUCGAGUCAGAACACAAAGUAGCAUGAGCUAAGUACAGAACUAUUUUAAGUAUUUUCCUUUGAGAUGAGAAAAUAUUUGGAGGUGGUCAUAGAUGAUUUGAGACCAAAAUAUAUGUAUUUUGGCUAUAGGUUUAUUUGCCAUAAACGAAACCCGCGAAAGAGGCUCGACUGUAUCUUGUGUAUGCAGGCAUUAUUUUAUUAAAGCAUUCAUUGCACCUAAAUUGGCAAAACAUUCACAGUGCAGUCUAUUGGAAUAAGCUCCAAAGAUUGAUUACGUGCU